UAUUUAAUUUGUAUAUCGACAACUAUAACUCGUAUAACUUGUUCCAUGUUAUAACCUUUUAUAAAUUUUUCAUAUUUCAACUUUUACAGACUCGAAAAUGUUGAAUGAAUGAAUGGAAUGUUAUUGAAUGAAAAACAAGCGCAAAGAAGGUUAAUAGCACGAAGUGAUAAAUCUACAAGUUUUUCUGUGUAAUAUAAACAAAUUAAUUCCCUUCGUGUGUUUUUAUGUGGAAUUAUUUGAGAAAUUUCAUCGCAAAAUUCUAUUUAAGUUAAUCAAAUGUUGUCGACUUAAUUAAGUAUUACUUUGACAGGUGACACUUGAAGUAUAUAUUGUUCGAACGUAAAAUAUUCGAAGAUCGUCUCCGAAAUUUUGUAAUACACGGUUACGCAAUUGUUGGCGAUUGUGUGACUUGCUCUUUGAUACGGAGAACGAUAAACAAGUAAAAAAAUUCCUUUCUUAUCGCUUCUUUCAUGAUACUGGAAUUAUCGCAUUCCAAUGUUUAUUCUGUUGAGGAAAAUGACGCACAAUGGACUUUUGGUUCGUCCUAUUCAUACUGGUAGAUCUUACGAAGAAGCGAUAAAAGUGUUAUAUACUUUACAAAGCAAUGCUGCGGACUUACAAAAUGUUAUAAAGCACAAUGUGAAUAACCCUGAGAAAUUGAAAGAAACAGAGAAAUAUUUACUCCGAUCUGGUAUUACUUUGGAGCAACUGGACAGCUUAUCUGUGAUACAUGUGGCUGGUACAAAGGGUAAGGGCACGACGUGCGCGUUUACAGAAGCAAUUAUACGGCAGUACGGCUUCAGCACGGGUUUCUUCAGUUCACCACAUCUAGUUUCUGUAAGGGAGCGUAUCCGAUUAAAUGGCGAGCCGAUCAGUCAAUCACACUUUGCCCAAUUUUUUUGGAACCUUUAUCGAUGCUUGGAGCAAAAACGAGAAUACGAAUCCGAUAUGCCGACGUAUUUCAGAUUCUUGACAAUCCUCUCGUUUCACGUGUUUCUGGAAGCGAAUGUUGAUGUAGCGAUCCUUGAAGUUGGAAUCGGUGGUGAAUUGGAUAGUACCAAUGUCGUGCGAAAUCCGGUCUGCGUAGGUAUAACUAGCCUAGGUCUCGAGCACACUUUGCUGCUGGGCAAUACCCUGGAACAGAUCGCUUAUCAGAAAUCGGGGAUCUUUAAACCGCAUGCUGCGGCCUUCACGGUGCCGCAACCGGAAUUGGCGAUGCGCGUUCUACGGAAACGAGCCGCGGAAAGACGAUGCCGCAGCUUGCAAGUGAUUCUUGCAACUCAACACGAGUGGAAUGAUGUCUUCUCGUUGGUGAAACUCAACAACGUACAGCAACAGAAUGCUUCACUGUCGAUCAGCAUGGCACUCGAAUGGAUGAAAUUGCGAUGCGAUAAAUCACCGUUGAUCGUAAACGAUACGAAAUACGUCAAUGGCUUUCGCGAUGAUCAUAAAAAUGAUAAGGUUGAUUUAUCUCAAACCGUUUAUUUAAACAAGAUCGCAGCGGCAUUGGCAAGUUGCAAAUGGCCAGGUCGCACGCAAAUUCUAAGGACUAGUAUAGCAGAUUUUUUCUUAGACGGCGCACAUACCGUCGAAAGUAUUGUUAAUUGCAUAUCAUGGUUCAAGAGAAGCAGUCAAGAAACCUCUAUUAAAUUCCUAAUAUUCAACACUAGCGGUAAUCGGAAUUCUGUACAAUUAUUAAAGUUGCUGAAAUCUCUGGAUUUCGACAAAGCUUAUUUCUCUCCAAAUUGUGUUGGAGUACCUAGUACAGAGGAUAUGAAUUCAAAUUAUGCGCAAGAUGUGAUGGAUGAGCAAAGAAACAAAUGUGAGGAACACUGUGAAUUAUGGGGCGAAAAUUCGAUGCUGAAGAAUGAUGUCACUGAAGUACUUUUGGACAUUAAAAAGUAUGCAUCGUUGAAAAUGACCAGGAACAAUAAAAUAGAAAUACUCGUAACGGGUUCUUUACAUAUGAUUGGCGCAGUAUUAACAAUUCUGGAUCCUAACUUGACAAUGACAAGUGAUUUUUAAUGUAACAAGUGCAAUUAAAAUUUAAUUUGUUUAUAUUUA